GUUUUAGUUUCUGACGGGAAGUUUAAAAGUGUUGCACCUUCCUAGCAAACUUGUUUUGAGUAUUUUACGGUUUACCACUUUGUUUCCAAACAGGCUAAAUGGGGUUUUUAUUUUAUUUUUUAAUGCAUUAGUGAGCACUUACAUUUCCAAUUCCUUCCCGAGCUCGAGCUUCUGGGUCUAAAAACGGACGUUAGCUAUGGCGCUAAAACGUUUACGAACGUUGAAACCCGUUUUCGACACUAUUUAUCAAGGUGGGACAUUUCGAAAGUACCAAGGAACAACUUCGAUUUUGGCAAAAUCUUACAGCGUCUCAACUGGAGGUGAAGAUGACAAGACAGUUGUAGGUCAGACUGUGGUCUCAGAGCGAAAGGGAUGCGUAGUUACUGUGGCUAUAAACCGUCCAGAGGUACGUAACGCGGUGAACCAGGAGACAGCGAGACGUCUGCUGGAGGAGCUACAGGCCUUUGACAGUGACCCAGACUUGAACGUGGCUGUCCUGCAUGGAAAAGGAGGGAAUUUCUGCGCUGGUUAUGAUCUGAAGAUGCUGGCCAAUCAAAAAGCCCCUCUUAAAUUGGAGCAAGAUGUCACCAAGGGUCCAGGUCCAAUGGGUCCGUCCCGCUUGCAGCUGUCCAAGCCACUGAUAGCAGCAGUGAGCGGCUUUGCUGUGGCCGGAGGGCUGGAGCUGGCUUUGCUGGCAGAUCUGAGGGUGGUGGAGGAGAGCGCUGUCAUGGGAGUCUUCUGCCGCAGGUUUGGGGUUCCCCUGAUUGAUGGAGGCACGGUGCGUCUCCCACGUCUCAUUGGCCUAUCAAGAGCGCUUGACCUGAUUCUGACAGGACGACCAAUCGGAGCACAGGAAGCUCUCGUCUAUGGACUGGCCAAUAGAGUUGUUCCUGAUGGCCAAGCUUUACAGACAGCUGUGGAGCUGGCAGAGCAGAUCAGCGCCUUUCCUCAGCAGUGUCUGCGGGCAGACCGCUUGUCAGCCAUGUACAGCUGCUACGAUGCGCCCUCUUUCACACAGGCCAUGCAGUAUGAAUUUGAUCAUGGAGUUCCUGUCAUCCAAGUAGAAGCCAUCACUGGAGCAUCCAGAUUUACUUCUGGAGAAGGAAGAGGAGGAAGAUUCUCAUAAGAUUUAUCUAUCAAAGACCUUUGAAAAGUCUGAUUUCAGGUGAACUAACACAUCUUGCUGCACACAUACUAUGUUGUUGUGGGUUGUGCUUGUAGGCUAUGAUAUAUGAUAUGCCAUUAGCAGAUACGUCAGACUUUCUUGUAAUUGUUUAAACUGGUUUUGAACAAUAGUUCACCAGCUUUUUUGAAGAGUUUCUCUGGAUAUUGGCUGCUUUUUCACUUUAUCUUCUCUGUUAAACCACUUUUAUCUCACCUAUGAAACAUUCAAGCAUGAAAAAGGCUUCUCACUUAAGGAUUUAACCGGCGUUGUGUCGACACUUCACAAAAAGCUUAGUAAAGAUCUUAUUUUAAACUGGAUAUUUAGGUUCUUUGUUACCAGCAGCUUGUUUCAAAGACAUCAUUUGUUCCCAUAUGUUUUCUUGCAUCUACUGCGAACGCCAUGUUUAAAAAGGACAAAAAAAUGGUAUUUUUGCAAAAACAAGGUGAUUCCUAAAGAGCUAUUAGCUGAAAACCUGGCAUGUUUUAGCAUGGAGUGCCAUUUGUUCUGAAAAUACUUAAGGAAACUGGACAAGUGAAAGAUGUGUCUACACCAGAUGGAGGCUAUUUGAAAGUGAUCCCCUUAAGAAAUGGGAACAAACCCAGCAAAGACCUGACACAGGACCUGAGAGAUGCAUUUGGACCUGCAGUUGAUUCAUCUACUGUUGGCCAAAACCUCGUGAGAAAUGGUCUUCUUGGGGGGGUGGCUGUCAAGAAGCCAUUAAGGAAGAGAAACAGGGAGAAAAGGCUGAGGUGAGCCAAAUGACACAGGAACUGGACUUAAAAUCUGUAGCUGCAGGUCUUAUGGAGUGAUAAAUCCUACCCGGAGCCUGGAUCUAAACGUGAAGCAGUGACGGAUCAUCUGGUCAGAGAACAGAAACAAAGGCUCCCAAUACAUCAAGAAAUGAGGAAUGGGUCAAGACUGCUGCACAUCAUUAUAUAAAACACAAUAAAAUUGUUUUACAUCACUGUGAAUCCUCAGUGUGCAGUUGUUUUUCUGCAAACUCCAUAUUUUAUCAGUCAAUGUUUUCAGUGUGUAAA